GUUUUGGUCAGACCCUUCUCGAGCCGUAGAUGCGUCAUAUUCGUCAGUUUUCUCCAAAACGACCCAGAGCAUAUUCCUUCCUUCCCAAAAUGCCCACUCCUCUACCUAACACUAUAAGCCCCUGAUCCAUUUCCUCUAAACUUCUCCAUCACCCAAGUCAUGUUCAACAAUCUCCUUACCCGCAUAACCAGCCCUACGGCAAAGAGGAGGUACACCUACCAUUGUCCCGAGGUCCACUCUGAUCCUGAGGAGGAUGACCAGCCAAUCACGCCGAGGAAACCAAGGUUGCUCGAGAGAAAGAAGAAAGGUCGGAGGGCUUUGGAGACCGGUCUUAGACAGGCGAGGAGUUUGGGCAGGCUGGACGGACUCAAAGAGGGAGAACUCUCUUUGCUGGCUUUUGAGAUGACUCAGCAAUUGACUGGUAAUGGUAACCUAUAGACGUCUUGUUAGUAUCAUUAGUGAAUGGUAGCUUCACCUAUAACAAACCAAAACUAAUCUGAAAAUGUUUAUAUAACUGCAACUUGGCAUUGGAUAAGUAAGCUAUACAUUAAUAUUGAGGUCAUGUACAUGUCCUGCACAUUCAGAGCUCAAUAAUUAUAUAAUUGAACCUCUUUGAAAUAAAC